AUGGGUGUAUCAGGCUUAGGUUCUGGUUUAGCAAAAUGCAUUAAUCUCUAAAAUUUAACACUUGAUCUUGACAAAAUGACUUAAUCUUAAAAAUUAAAAGUUAUAAGCAAGUGUCUUAAAUUAAAAAGAUUAGUGGUCUUUGAGAUAAAUAACUGA